GGAGCAGCCUGAAAAGACGACAUUGUUUAUUUUAUUUACUUUGAAAUAGGAAUUGCAUAAAAAAUAUUUUAGUAAAAAGUAAUGUUAUUUUUUAUUCUGUUUAUUAUGCCGAAUGUGAGAUAGGCAGCUUUUGAAUUCCAUUAUAAAUGGAAAUAUGUUGCCACCAUUAAAGUAAUUACACGUUUGUUAAGUUAUCUACUUCAUCACUUUAUGUCACAGUUGGAUUCAGGUUAAGUUCGAAGUUAUAUUGUUUUGCAUUUUCUAUAUGGCUAAUCUAUUUUGAGAAGCUAUUCCAUUCCCGCCUUUGCCUUGCCCCUCAAAACUUGUUUACAGGCAGUCUUGCCUGAAGGCAUAAACAAACAGCACGGGUGGUCAGUGAUUCCUGGAAUAACCUUAAUAAAUUCAGUCGGGUGUUGAUCUUAGCAUCGCAGAGAGUAUAGUACUAGUAGUUUCAGUUGAAAUAGUGCAACGCAUUUAUAGUUACCAUGAUUCGAUUUGUUAUUUGUCAACUAAGUUUUAGUUAUGUUUUGCUGAUGUGCAACUGCAGAAUGUCUGGAUUGUAUAUAGACAAUGGAAUUGAUCAGACACUCGUUCAAAGGUUUAUGACAAGGCAAGAAAAGAGAGAGGUUGAAAAUGAAAUUUUGAAUUUAUUGGGUCUACAAAAUAGGCCUCGCCCAGCUGCUAAUUCAAAAACACUUGGAAGUUCUGCACCAAAAUUUCUCCUUGAUGUUUACAAGUCUUUACUGGACAGUUCAGUUAGUAGAACAACUAGAAGUGAAUUCAAUCUCAGUGGUCGUGAUCUACAUGCAAUUGAUGAAAGUGAUGUUAUUAUGACAUUUACAAGUAACAAUAAACAUGUAAGCAGUGUGCGUCACGAGCGAGGAAAACGGCUCUGGUUUGAUGUCUCAGAUAUACCAGUUGGAGAAACAAUAGUUGACGCCGAACUAAGAUUAUACAAAAAUUCUAACUACUCAAUGGACUCUGGAGAAAAUUUUACUGUGUCAGUGUAUCAACUGCUGCUAGAAAAUGGAGAGAAAGAACUGGAGUUUGUGGAUGCUGUCAACACCUCGUACAGUCAGGAGGGCUGGCUCAUCUUCAACAUGACUGGACCUCUCACGUCCUGGGUGACCUUUCCUCAGACCAACAAGGGUCUCUACAUGUCCGUCCACCCUGCUGACAGGCUAGUUCAUGAAAUGAGGCCUGAAGACAUUGGCAUUGUCUCAACAAGCUUGGAAGGAGAAGAGGAGAAGCAGCCGUUCAUGGUGGCAUUUUUGAAGGCAACAAGUAAUACUCCGAAACGAACUCGAAAAACAAGGGAAAUACGACGAAGGAAGAAAGCCGAAAACUCAGAAACCAGUUACUCUCGCAACCCAUUCACAGAUUCUUCCUUGUGGUCUACCAGAAGUUGUCAGAUUCAAACGCUUUAUGUCAGUUUCCGUGACUUGGGAUGGCAGGAUUGGAUUAUUGCACCAGACGGGUACGGAGCAUUCUACUGCAGCGGCGAAUGCAACUUUCCGUUGAAUGCACACAUGAAUGCAACUAAUCAUGCUAUUGUCCAAACCCUGGUCCACCUCAUGUACCCCUUCGAAGUACCCAAACCGUACUGCGCCCCAACCAAAUUGACACCAAUUUCUGUAUUGUACUUUCUUGACGACUCAAAUGUCAUUUUGAAAAAAUACAAAAAUAUGGUCGUUAAAAGCUGUGGUUGCCAUUAGCCUCCAAAGUUUUACACAAAGUCUUCCAUAUUUCUGUAUUAAAGCUUAACAUAAGAAUCAAAAAAGUAUUUUUACGUCUGUUAAUACUUAAAAGUAGAUAGUGACUUCAGAAAAGUGCCUUAUUAGUGUUAUGCUCUCUUAUUAUACUUAAGUUGAAGUUAUCAAAAUAGGCCCUUAAGAUCUGUUUCUAUAUAAGUAAUGAACAAUUUUAGAAGUAUAUUUUUAUACUAUUGUUGUAUUUUAUGUCUUAAAAAAUGUAGAUUUAGUAAAUGUUUGUAUAGUUUUAUUUUUGUACUUGUUUCUGCCAGUUGAAACACAAAACACCAUGUCGUCUGGAAUCAUCACUAAAAUAAGUUACCAUUGAAUGGAAAAAUAAAUCUAAUACAAAAUAACAAAAGUAUUCUUAACAUUUAGAACACAAUGAUUUUAUUCUCUUAGUAUAAUUAUAUCAAUUGUUGGUAUGUAUUAUGUAGUAGUUUUUAUCUAACUAAUCAUUAUUUCUUAGUUUUUAACUUAUUCCUUAACUUUAUUGAACGUGUCAAAUUAUUUUAAUAUAUCUAGCAUAAUUAUAUUUGAUUUUACUGUUUAGAACUGUGUAUAGAUUCAAAUCUUUCUCUAGUCUCCUACCAUUGUAGGAUAAUUUGAAAGCAUUGAAGUUCAAGGAAUGUUUGAAUUUUUUACUGUAAUCAACUUGAUUUUAAUGGCUUCAACCCAUUGGCUGACAUACCUAGGCCAAGAACAUUGAAGGUUGUUGAUACUAAGAUACCUAAGUUGGUUACUAGUAAAAAGUCAGAAUCAAAAUAAUGCAUCGAUCUGGGUAUUGUUUGUAGCAUACCUUGUGUUGUGUGACUGACUCAGAACAACUCUCCCCUGGAAAAAUAAUAGGAUUUCAGACAUUUGCCAUCGUUAUAUAUUACUUUUUGUAAUUUAUAAUGAUGGCAAAUGUCCAAAGUCCUAUUAUCCUUCCAAAUCAACAAUAAUAAACUUUAAAUUAAAUAUUUAUUGUCCUCCUGGAAGACAUCAGAGACAAAGUAUCAGAGAAUCACAGAAAUUUGCCAUUUUUCUAGAAGUGCCAGAAAAAUUGGUCUCCUCGUUCACUAAAUCCAUUAUAAAAUUCACUUAAUAAAGUACAGUGCUGUGUAAUAUAUCUUUGUAUUCAGGAAUUCUGAUGCAAAAAACCAAUAUUUUACGAACAAAUUGUGUUUUAACAAUAAUAAUAAUAUAACUUUAUUGUCAUAAAAGUUACAUAUUUUACAGAGUGAGUUUAGAUUCUAGGCUACACAAAGACAGGUGACAUUGUAAAAUAGAAAGUAUAAAUAAAUAAUUGUAUUUAAUUAACACAAGUAUCGUAAAUACCUAUGAGUAAAAAUACUAAAAUUUUCCAUCUAAACAUUCAUCUACUGAGUAGUAGUUUUUAUUCAACAAACAUUGUUUUAACCUAGAUUUAUAUUUUACAUUAUCCUCAAUAACUUUAACUCUUGUGGAAGCUUAUUAAAGAACUUAAUUCCCAUAUAUUCUGGAUUAUGCUCUCUCAAUGUUAAUCUAUGUUUUGAAAAUUAAACAUUACAAUUUGUUAUCUCAUUCAUAUUGAUACUUUCUAUUAAAUAAAUUGAAUGUUAGACAGAUUUCAUAAAAAUCUGCUUAUUUUAUCUGCAAACCAAACUGUUCCAAGAAAAUUUUAGAACAUAAACUGGUGCUUUAUUUACAAGAUCUCUUCCAUUAAGUGGAAUGUAAAUAUUUUUUAAAUAAUCAGUCAGGUUUUAUUCACGGUUGAAUUUUUAAACAUAAAUGAUUUAAUUCUUUUUCAUUGGGAAGUUUUUAACAAUUUUACAAGUCAUGUACUGUUUAAAACAAACUGUGUUGUGAGAUUUGGAUUCCACUUGACUAGAGAAAGAGAUGAGACUGAAAAUUUAUUAAUGUACUUUUAGUUACAAACUACAACUUAUCAUAAUUUAGUGAAAUACUUUUUAAGUUAUCAGUUUAUUCCACUAAUGUGUGUUAGCUUUUUAUAUGACCCUUUCUUUUUCCAAGCAUUUAUUAUAUUGUAAAGGGAAUGCUUUAAUUUGUAUAUUUUUAUUUUUAUUAAUUCUGAGGCAUCAUUCGAUACAAACAACUGUUAUGUUGGUGUGAAGCUGUGAUUCAGAACGUGGAUUCAAGCCUGGGUAAAUGUCACGUUGAUAGAGGUUUGAAAAGCGAUGUAAAUUCAUUGCUAGUAGAGGUGAAUCAAGUCAUUCUGUUUCAAAAACUAGCAAUAAGUCCGUGAUGGUUGUAGAACAAUUCCAUCACUAUAGAAUUUAUGUUCAAUUUGUGACUCACUAUUUUAUUGUAAACCUCAAAAUGUAUUAUUUCUUCAUUGAAACAGGAAAAAGGGAGAAAACAUCAUAGACUAUUUGUCGGUGUCACAAUUUUUGCAUCAUCCAGUAUUUGCUCUAUUAAAAGAGUAAGCAGCGCAGAUCCAUAAGUGAUCUAUGUGACAAUUCCAGGAAAAUUGUCUUCCUUUCCGUUGCUAUUGCAUAAUCUAAUGGACCCAGCUCUUUCAAUGAAAACAACUGCCCUUUUACUAAUGGCAUCACCCCAUUAAAACACAAGACAAUUUUAAACAGAGGCUACGAAAUCUGAACCACUAGGUUUGGUAUAAGUUUGAAUUUAGUUUUGACUCAUUAUAACCAGGCUUGUGGAAUAAUUAAAGCAAAACCAACCAAGAACAUUAAUUAAUUAUAUGUACUAUCAAAAUUGGUUGCUUAAUUUAUUAAUAUGUUUUCAAUUUAUGCGAAAGUCCUUGUAUCUUUGUAAUAGCUACUUGUUAAAUUUUCUGCAUAUGCAUUGUGUACCUAUUUAUUUGUAUUUAUUGUAUUAAAUAUUUUUAGUUAGUUACGUAUUUUUAUGUCUGAUCAUAAAUAAAAGUACUAUGUCAA